AUGGAGGACAAAGUAAAGCCGUAUGCGGUAGAAGAGGGACCGGUGACAAGCGAUGGACAGGCCGAUAUCCUGGAAGGGCUCCUCCCCGACUAUGAUGAGGAUCUCAUCAAUCUUAAUGCAGAACUAUACGAAUAUGAAGACUGUCCUUGUGACCAAUCUGAGUCACCAAGUCCAGCGUCAACAUGGGCUUACACCACCAGUGAUACAGGUAGCGGAAUAUGCAAUAUGCCAUCAAAUGCAGACAGUGUUAUCCAAAGAGAAGAACAACCAGCUGCAAGACCAGUAGCAACUCCAGAGCCACCCAUUGGGUUACUGCAUCCACCAUCACGGGAACUGGAAGAGGAUCAUUCCAUUCCAUCAAAUGCAGACAGUGUUAUCCAAAGAGAAGAACAACCAGCUGCAAGACCAGUAGCAACUCCAGAGCCACCCAUUGGGUUACUGCAUCCACCAUCACGGGAACUGGAAGAGGAUCAUUCCAUUCCUCCUGACACAACUGCCACCACAACACCUGUCACUGCUCCCCUACCAGUCAUCAGAAGAAGAAGACUGAGACUGCAUCGAAGACGUGAACCAACUGACACAUCAUAUACAGACAUUGAUACUCCUGGUGAGGUAUCAAUCAGGCGCUCUUCAGCUAUCAGGGCAAGGGAAACUAUACGACAAAAUGCCAGAGUAAUAAUGUCAGGAGAAGAGACACCUUCAACUGAAGGUAACCAAACCCCGGAGAUGAGUCCUCUUUUAUUGGACAUCACUGAUAGCCCUACAAGAUGUUCAACCAGUGCACAAGGCUCCCUCUCACGUGUGUCUCCCUUACAAGCAGCACUUGACAGACUAGAUGCUGUCUUUUCGGACACACAGCAGGUCACCGUGAGAAGAGACCACGUGUUUGAAGAUCUUAUGGACCUGUACAAGGAUCCUGGGGUGUUACAGCACAGACUCGGGGUCACCUUUGCUGGGGAGUCUGGAGAAGAUGCAGGUGGCCUUACAAAGGACCUGUUUUCUACAUUCUGGGAGCAAGCCUGUUCUAGAUUGUUCACAGGUGAGGAUGUGUUGGUUCCACACCUCCCUCCACACAGGUUUUCUCAGGCCAGUACCAUUUAUCCAGUCUUGGGGAGAAUUCUUUGUCAUGGUCUUGCCUUGACAAAAGGUUUCCCCUUGCAGAUAUGUCGAACUGUCCUGAUAAGCACUGCUCUGGGUCAGAUUGCGGAGGAUAAGAAAAUUAUUUUAGAGGAUUUCUUAUUGUUUGUGUCUGAGCACGAGCGCGCUUUGACCUGGAAAGGGCUAGACUCUUUCACGUCAUUGACUUCUGAUGAGCUUUCUCAGUUGACAAACAUGUUUGCCAGGUUCUCUAUGUCGGUCAUGCCUACACAGGACAAUUUCAGACGGCACAUAGAGAAUUUGGCUGCAUGUGAGCUGACUGGGAAGCCUUUGUUCCUGUGUCAGCUGAUGGGCUUAGGCAUCCCUGAAAUCUACAAGGAUGUCUUUUUCCAUCAGGUGACACAAGGUGACCUGUUGUCUUUGUGUGAAAGACUGACGCCUACCCCUUCUCGUGUCAUUGGCCUGUUGAAGACAGAGAAUGACCUAUUGCGACCUGAGGAAGAGCGG